AUGGGCGCGCCGACUCCUCGUCGCAGUCCUAAGCGGCACACCUGCGCGGCCCGGCCCGUUCCCAGGACGUCGAGCGACCAGGCCAGAGAGCUUCCAAGGGGCAGCUUCUCCGGGCGCCCGCAAAAAUUUAGAAAAGAAGCGACUUCGGAGCUCAGUCUCCCUCACAGGCCAAAUUGGAAACGCUGCCAUUGUGAGACCCAUCAGGUUGCGUCUUGGGGUUACCCCAGGAGCUCCCGAGCUGGAAAUAUCAAACUCUCGCAGCGGACAAGCCACGAGGACCAGAAGCGCGGCGAGUUGCAAGGGCCUGAGUGCAACCGCGCGCAGGAUGACUUGGAGGCGAACGUACCUCUGAAAUUUGUGGAGAGAAAUGUGUGUUUAGAGGGUAUGAAAAACCAUCAUUUGGUUUGUGUCAGCAUCAUUAAUCAACCUUCUGGUCUCAUCACUUUCAUGGAAAGGAGGAAGAGGAAGUUAUAUUCCUUGAGAGAAUCUGGGUGUGGCCUGCUCAGACCUCCAGAGACCAGUCAGCCCAGCAGGUUAAGCGGAAGGCUCUUCUCCAACUGCCCUGGGCCCUUUGUCCCUUUAUCUUCGGGGUGUCCAAACUGCAGCUGCCCUAGGGGCCCCAGUAGUCCACUAAAGGAGAGAAAGACCAAGAUCCUAUGGGCUUCCUGCUCGGAGGCUUGGCCACUCCCUGGGAAGACCCCAACCGAGCAAUGCUGUAGGGUCCGCAGCACCUGUGCCCUACGAAGCGGCUGGGUGCGGGGAAAGCACGUACUGGGCCCCGGCACCCGGCUGAGUCGAUCUUCUCUCAUCGUUUUCACGCUUAAAAAAACAAAUCAAAACAAGAAAUGCAUUCAGGCGGAGUGGAUGUGAGCGCGAAGAAGAGUUUUUCUCGGUCCUUUUGGUGGUGCUGCAAACGUGGAAUCCAAUCUCCAGCGCAGCGGCGCUCUGCCGAAGGAGGGGUGGGAGGAAGUCCCAACGGGCCCCAGCGUCGUUGGGGAAUCUGUCUGCGGCAUAUCUGAAAAUUUUGAUAAUUCCUCCUCUGAUCAGUCAGUUAAAAAGAGUUCAUUUGUCCAUCAUCCCCAGGUGAAAGCAUAAGAAAAAAAAAUCAACCUAAAAAUAUGCGCAUCUUCUACAGGUCUUGUUUUGGGGUUCAAAACCCCAUGUUUUCAGUUGCAAAUUAGAGUUCAUCUUAAUUGUCCUAAAGUGUAGCGAUGUGCUUUUUACUGAACCCGUAUUUUUUCCGUUUCUUUCCCAUAAAGGUUAAUAUGGAAUCACUAAAACAAAACAAAAAACCCCAGCUGUUGCGGGUGUGUGUGUGUG